UAUUUAGCUCGCGUGUAAUUCUUCCAAACUGAAUGGCUGCUUCCGCUGUCAUCCCAGCUUUACUCCCACCUCCUUUCGUGACAUCGUCUUAUGCGGGCACAGGCCGGUAUUGCUGCUCAGUAACUGUCAUGGCAAAACUGACUCCCAUGCGCUGUUUUGUGCUAACGCGCUUUAUUAAAAACCGACCGCGUGAGCAAGCUGGAGACGUCACGGGGCGGGGGAAGUGCACGGGGAGACACCUAGUUCACUAUAUGCAAUAGCAGCCGGUACACGCAGGAGGUGAAUGCUCGAGGUCCCACAGUUGGCCAGCUAAACAUUCAGGUUCUUUGAAGAAGAGCUGUACACCGAAGGCCGAGGAGGAAAGGAAAACAAAAAAUCCCCAGGUCAGAUGAUUUUGCUGCCUAAUUGGCAAGGCAGCUGUCUACAGCGAAUCAGGCUGGAGUGCAGCAAGGGUCGUGGACUGCUGAUGAAACGUUAAGACCAAACACAGCAUCAUGGGGGGGGAUUUGUAUAAAGUUACUGUGUUAUCCUAAAACAACACUUGAGCAACUGACAUUACGCAACAAAGCUGGUAUUUAAACACGUGCAGAGCUCUCUGGACCUGAGAACAUGGAUUUACUUUUAACUUGAGCCCAUCUGCUGAUGUGUUGCAUAGUUGGUCUGUAAGCCUAAAGUACUUAGAAUCAUUUGAGAACUCGCAUUGCUUGUUUUACUUUGAAUUGUUGCUGGCGUCUAAGUAUACUGACAAUAUUUUUGAGUAGAACUUUUUUUUUAAGGGCUUUUUUUCUGUUACCUUAGAAAUGCUCUCUUUGAAGAAAUAUUUUACAGAGGGACUGAUUCAGUUUACAAUAUUUCUGAGCUUGAUUGGAAUUCGAGUAGACGUGGAUUCUUAUUUAAACUCUCAGCUUCAGCCUUUUAGAGAAAUUAUUUUGGGUCCAAGCUCUGCUUAUACUCAAACCCAGUUUCACAAUUUACGCAACACCCUGGAUGGCUAUGGUGUCCAUCCUAAAAGUGUGGAUUUGGAUUACUAUUUCACUGUGCGGAGAUUGUUGAAUGAGGUAAAGGCUUUAGAUAGAUUCCAUGUGCCCACAACUGAGGUAAAUGCUUGGCUUGUUCAUCGGGAGACCGAGAACUCUGUCACCAGCACUCAGCCAAACUCUGGCAUCACUUUAGAGAAUGGCAGUGGUUUGGAAGAAGUUUCGAACCCUGAUACUGCAGUGAGAGAAAGUGGGCAGUCCGAUCAAGGCUAUGGUGAAGAAAUGGAGUACCUGGGAGCAGCUGCACCUCCUGCAAACACCGACUUAACCAAAGAGGAUAUCGACCUGAUUGACAUCCUGUGGAGACAGGACAUUGACCUUGGUGCUGGGCGCGAGGUGUUUGACCUUAGCAACCGGCAGAAGGAGAAUGAGGUGGAAAAGCAGCAGAAUGACCACGAGGAGAACCGGGAGAUCUGGAGGAGUGGAAGGAACCAGGCAUCAGAGAGAAACCUGCUUGUGGAUGGAGAGACCGGCGAGAGUGUGCCUGCUCAGCAGCUUCCUGUGUCUGGUGACCAGACCGCCCUCUCAUUGGAAGAAUGCCUACGGUUGCUGCAAAGUACUAUCCUGUUUGGAGAUGAAACUGAGUUUCCAGCUGCAGUUCCCUCUGAAAUAAGUGAAGGCGUGCACAGCAGUAGACAAGAAGUACCAUCUUCCUCACCAACCCACCUGCUUCCUCCAUUACUUCCAGACACAGAAUCACCUCUGGACCUGGAACAGCAGUGGCAGGAUAUCAUGUCGAUCAUGGAACUGCAGGACAUGGAAAUAAGCAGUGUGGCCGAAUCAUUGUAUACAGACAGAAACAGGGGUACCAGUGAAAGCAGUAGUGAAGAUCCAGUGUCCACAAACUACAGCACCACUCCGGUCACACCUAUCAACCACAACGUCAGUUUGCAUCAGGCCUCCUUGCCAAGCUGCAGUAGUGACUUCAUCCCAUUCUUUCCUGCAGAUCUAGAAAAUUCUACUAUGGACACCAGUCCCAGCCUUCUCCAGUCAUCUUUCAGCAAUUCUACAGAUGCAAACUCUGCAUUUACAUCUUCGACUCUUUCAGGAGAGUUGUUUCCUGCACAGCUCAAUGGUACCUCUAAUAAUACUGCCAGUCGUGACUUGUCUGAUCCCUUGGCAGGGCUGCUAGAUGAAGCCAUGUUGGAUGAAAUCAGUCUAAUGGAUCUGGCAAUGGAAGAAGGCUUCAACCCCAGCCAGGCUUCCCAAUUACAGGAGGAAUUUGAUUCAGAUUCCGGACUUUCCCUUGACUCUAGUCACAGCCCAGCAUCUCCAAGCAGUUCAGAAUCCUCAUCUUCCUCCUCCUCCUCAUCUUCCUCGUCCUCUUUUUCUGAGGAGGGUGCUGUAGGUUACAGCACAGAUUCUGAAUUUGUGGAUCCUGAAGACCCAGAAGGAGCAACUGGCGGAUACCAACCAGAGUACAGUAAAUUUUGCCGCAUGAGUUGUCGUUAUCCUGCACAUUUUCACUCUUUACCUCAUUUGGAGCAUGUGAGUCACAACCAUACGUACAAUAUGGCUCCUACUGCCACUGCACUCGAUACAAGCCAACGUUCUGCAGUUGGGAAAAAAGCCAUGAAGGAAAAACAGUCCGACUUCAUAGAUAAGCAAGUAAGUCGUGAUGAACGCAGAGCGAGAGCCAUGAAGAUUCCUUUCUCUAAUGAAAAGAUUAUUAACUUGCCCGUAGAGGAGUUUAACGAGCUGCUGUCCAAAUAUCAGCUGAGUGAAGCACAGCUGACACUUAUUCGUGACAUCAGAAGGAGGGGCAAAAACAAGAUGGCAGCACAAAACUGCAGAAAGAGAAAGCUGGACACUAUUAUCAACUUGGAGCGCAAUGUCAAUGAGCUAAAAAAAGACAAAUCAAAACUUGUUAAGGAGAAGGUGGAAUUCAUAAAGUCCAUUCGACAGAUGAAACAGAAAUUACAGAAUCUGUACCAGGAAGUAUUCAGCAGGCUGAGAGAUGAAUAUGGAAGACCCUACUCUGCAAAUGCUUUUUCUCUCCAGUUUGCAAGCAAUGGUAGUGUGAUAUUGAUGCCACGUUCCUUAACCAGUGAACAGUCCAGAAGACAAGACAGGAAGCAGAAAGACAGGAAAAAAUGACAAGAACUUACUUAUAAACCUGUUAGGUUCUGCCCAGGAACUUGAUGGAUACUUGAAAUUAACUGAGGAACUUCCAUACCUUCUUAUACAAUUUGUUUUUUGUUAAAUAUAACUGCUGCCGGUCAGUUUCAGAAAAAUAGUUAUUGCAUAAGGAGUGCGAAGGUAUCAGUCAAGUGAGUUUUGAAUUUUUGAAUAGUGAAUGUAAAAUACAGAGAUUGAAGGCAUUUCAAAAGGUGGUCUUACAGUAAGAGUGAGUGGAAAGUCAUUACAGGGCAGGGGAAGAUUGUUCCGGGCAUUAGGAGUGUUGGGAAUGACCUAUAAAUUUGAAUUCAGAGAAUCUAGAUAUUUAAGACAGGAAAUUGAAAUUUCUUUUUGCUUUGGUUUAUAAAGUUAUUACCAUAGUUCUCUGGUUCGCAGGUUGAAAUUCCUUUUUCACUUAAGUCGAUGGUUGAUCAUACAUUAAUGCAGCAGUUUAAAGAUAAACCCCUUAAUAAAUUACACUAAAACAUUGCCUUAGAAAAGCUGCCACACGUAUAAGCCACAGACACAUUUAAAAAUAACCACAGUAUAAAAUGUUAUGUCUUGCUACAAACAUCUUUGUUAAGCUCUGCAAAGAUGCAAACCACUAGUAGAAAACGUGCGGCUGAAGGUGCCUUAUCAUGACUUUUCUCUUGACCUUGUAAACUGUCUAGCACGGUGUGGGAGAUGUGUGACUGCAUUUUAUGCAGUUUGCAUGGAGUAUUUUAAGGUUUGUUCUCCUAAACCACUUACAUCAUCUUGCUGUGCAAAAGCUACAGGUGAGUCGAUGCACCAGAAAGUGAUGCAUUCAAGUAUUUGCUAGAUUAGCUUGGGAAAUUUUGAUGCAUAGUGGAACAUCAGUUUGAGUAAUUUAAAAGCACUUUGUAAAUAAAACACAGCCCACUUGAGCAAAAUAGUUGUCCUGCUGAUAGAAUCUUAAUAUUCUCUUUAAAGAAGGCCUAUGAUCUCCACUGAGGCACUUUGAUUAGAAAGAUAAGACACUGGAAGAAAGGCUUCUUUUCCCAGGGACAUUAUUUAUAGUUUAGUGUGCUUAGUUGUCCGUUUAGUGUAUUGCUGUCUUGACAAAUACCUUGUUUGUAAAAUGAGGAAACUGACGCCCCCACCCCAUCUUGUUCCACAGAGUCUUCGAAUGUUGUCAUUGUUUUCAGUGUGUACGUCUCCUUCAGCACUCUGUAUUGGGUUAUUAACACAGUUCUUCAGAGCGGAAAGGGCUUGAUAUAAGCUCUGCAGCCAUUUCUGUGCUUAGGAGUUAGAGUAGCCCGAUCCAAGUGUGGGGCUUGCAGAAGGAAUAAGGAAAGAGAAUGAGGCUUGCAUCUUUUGGUGUUGCAGAAAAGUUUUUUUUCUGGUUUAUUAGUGAACAACAGAAAUAUUUAUUGUUUGUGAUCUUAAUAUCGGUCGAAUGCUGAUGAUCAUUGAAACCAGAUUGUAUACCCUACGUUGAUAUUACUCGUUGCUCUUUUACGUAAAGCUGUCUUUCAGUGACAUGCUGUUUAUGUAAAUAGUAAACCAAAGUCAAAAACAGCAUGUUUUUUUAUCUCAGUAGAAGUAAAGCUAAGUUAUUAUUCCUUUUAAAAUGUUCAUCCAUUUUCACUACCUUCUUAAUAUCCUCUUCAUGGAAACAGAGUCUCUUCUAGGAGUACAAGGCAAGAAGCAACCCUGGACACAUAGCUGUCCAUCUCCCUGGACACAUAGCUGUCCAUCUCCCUGGACACAUAGCUGUCCAUCUCCCUGGACACAUAGCUGUCCAUCUCCCUGGACACAUAGCUGUCCAUCUCCCUGGACACAUAGCUGUCCAUCUCCCUGGACACAUAGCUGUCCAUCUCCCUGGACACAUAGCUGUCCAUCUCCCUGGACACGUACUUGUCCAUCCUGUUACUUUUUUCUGGAAUCAGGCCAGAACACUUGCUUAUUUUUUGUUUUGUUUUUUUUCCUCAUGGCAAAUCAGUGCUGUAACCAAGGCAGUUUUCCAUUUAGAUUAGAGAUGGUUUAUGUGGAGGUUGAGAAAGGGUACUGGAAUUGAGUCUUUAUAACUUAACUUUUGUAAACACAGACCUAAUAGACAAAUAGUCUUUGAGAGGUUAUUGUGUUGUAAAAGCAAGCUUCGUACAAUACUGGCAUUUAAAAAUAGAGCUGACAGAUGAUCAUUUAAAUUGUAGAAUCAUAAGCAAGGAAUAGCGCAAGGGCUUAUAGGUUGUAGAAAGUAGGUGUUGGUGCAUACGUUUUUGUUGAUAAGAAUUAAAUACUAGCCAAAAAAUGUAAAAUUAGCCUAGAAAUGAUUGUCCAAAAAGUAUUAAGCUUUAAAGUGACAAUGUUGUUACUUCAUGCUAUGAAGUGGUUGGUGUAGUUUUAAUAUGCAGCAUUAUUGUUAUCGUAAGGUGUUCCAGAACAUUCUGUGUAAUUUGUAUUUGAAAGGUUGUUAAGAAUUCAGUAUGUACUUUGAAAGGAUAGAAUUGGAGUAGGUGAGAUGGCUAUGUGGUUUCUGUGAAUCAUGGUUUCCACAGGGGCAGCAGACAAGAUGAAAAGAUGGCGCUAAGAUGGAAGAGACAUGAAGCAAUUAUGGUGUACGUAGGCAAAGGAGUACAGGACAGUAAACUUAUAAAGGUGUACUUGUAGCGCUGUUCCCUUUAGUGAUUUACAACCCACUGCCCUUAGCAUGAAAUGCUGCAGCAACCUUUCAGUCAGAGUAGAUUAUUUUGCCUUUUUUUUAAUUUACAGAAUAAAUAACCUAUAUAAAUCAUCUUACUUCGAAAGCGGUCUUCCCUUCUCACCAGCUUCAUAAUUUCUUCUGUUCAUUCCACUAUCAUUGGUGGUCAGGCAGUCCACUGUCAGAUCUAAGUGCUGCCCUGACAGUAACUUAAAUAAAACAAGAGUGUGGCUCAACUGUUUAGCAUUCACACCUUAACUGAGCUGUGCUUGUGAACGUACAUCACAGAAUAGGGCUAUUUUGAUCUGCAGCUGAAACCUAUUCAUUUAUCAAGUUUGAAAUGUAAUAGUAGUAGAGAGAUGGAGUUCAACUGAUUUCUACUUAAAGUAAGUUGCUGUUUGUAUACUGUUAGUAAAGUUCUUUUACUUGUUAGCAAGAAGAUUUUUGUCUUGAUGACCCAUAUAUUAAGUUUCUUGUCACUAUCUUGAGUUGCCAUCAGUUUCUGCUUGGUGCGAAAUUCACACCGUAAUUUGUAGUUAAUUUAUUUUUGUACAAGCAAGCAAGUUAUUCAAACACAUUCCUUUUUUCCAUCCAGCAUUUUUAAUUUUAUCUAAACUUAAGACUUUUCAAAUGCCGAAUAUGCAGUUGGUUUGCAAUGCAGAAUGCCAAGUAAUAAAGAAUUCCCAUUAGGAUUCAAGUCCUUUUAUGCCAACCUUCUUACUUUCCUUAACUGGAAUUUUUUGUCUGUACUUUUUAUUAUACUGGUUGUUAAAAAAAAAAAAAAAAAAAAAAGCCAAGUUAAAAAAACCACCAAUGUAUUUCAUGUUAAAUAAUUUAACUGUAUUUGUUGUUUGUUUAUGUUUAAGAUGUUCAUAGCCACUAUCUUUAACACAUUUUCUUUCUAAAACACUUAGCACUAGAGAUUAUAUAACCGUAACUGAAUUUUGUUUUGCAGAUCCAGUCUACACAGGUAGAAAUGCAUGAUGUAAUGUGUGUUCAUUCCACAUAAACACGUCAUCGUGUUGUAUACAUUUAUAAGUCAGGAAGUUCGAUACCAGGAGUGAGAAGGAUCAGAUGAGUCGCAAUUGGCUCAAGAUAAAAUGGUUGAGAGUUGGGGGUGAAGAAAGAAAAACAGGAAGAGAUAUGUAAGAGGCCAGCCCUGAACAAGCCCUUGCAGAGUGUCUUUGUAGACUUUGUCAGCUGUUGUUUAGCUUUCUUAAAUGCUCUGCAGUGAAAAGGUAGCACUCAUUGUAUGCAAACAUAGAAUUUGAUGAAAGAAAAAGGUGUUUGAUGUUCAUUCAUUUUACGCAAGUCUCCCAAGAUCCACACAGCCCAUAUCACUGCCUGUUAAGCUGCCAUUGUGUGACCUUAACAGAUUUUUUUUUGCGCACCUCAGUAGAGAUACUUCAUGUCUUCUGUUAGUCUUAGUAGAAAUGCUAAAUUCCUUUUCUCCAAAUUAGCCAGAUUGCUUCAUUGUUGUCCUUGUACUGAAGGAGAGUUGUUUAGUGGUCCCCCUAUACCUCUUUACUGCCUUUUCACGACUCCCCUUUACCUCACUAAAACUGGUUUGUGGCUUUACUAUCCCUCAGUAGAGCUGUUUAAUGGCUUCUGUCUGCUUAAGAAAGCUACUUUGAAGACCCUCUUGCUUAAUUCUUUUCUUCUACACCUUAGGUAGAGUUGCUUUGUGCAUUUGCCAUGACUUAGUAAAACUGUUUCAUGCUUUCUCUUUACCUUGGUAGAGCAAUUUCAUGCCACCUCUUUACUGUGGUAGGAGAUUCGUAACUUCUCAGUACCUUGAGUACUAACUUGUUCCUUCUUCAUGCCUUAGUGCAGAUGCUACAAGACUGCUUUUUCUACACCAUAACUGAAUCUUCUUCAUCCCUUUUGUACACCUUAAAAGAGCUGCUUAUUUCCUUCUGUACACCUUAGAUGAGCUGCUUCAUUUCUUUUGUACACCUUAGAUGAGCUGCUUCAUUCCUUCUGUACACCUUAGAAGAGCUGCUUCAUUCCUUCUGUACACCUUUGGAGAGCUGCUUCAUUCCUUCUGCACAACUUAGAUGAGCUGCUUCAUUCCUUCUGCACACCUUAGAUGAGCUGCUUCAUUCCUUCUGCACACCUUAGAUGAGCUGUUUCAUUCCUUCUGUACACCUUUGGAGAGCUGUUUCAUUCCUUCUGCACACCUUUGGAGAGCUGUUUCAUUCCUUCUGUACACCUUAGAUGAGCUGCUUCAUUCCUUCUGCACACCUUUGGAGAGCUGUUUCAUUCCUUCUGCACACCUUUGGAGAGCUGUUUCAUUCCUUCUGUACACCUUAGAUGAGCUGCUUCAUUCCUUCUGUACACCUUAGAUGAGCUGCUUCAUUCCUUCUGUACACCUUAGAUGAGCUGCUUCAUUCAUUCUGUACACCUUUGGAGAGCUGCCUCACUUUUCCUGUACACGUUUGGAGAGCUGUUUUAUUCCUUUUGUAUAUCUCCGGAGAGUUGUUUCAUGCACUGUUUGUUUGUGCCAUAGUGAGUGGCUUCAUGUUUCCUUUGCCACUGCACCUUAGGACAGCUGCUUCAUGCCUCUUCUCUUUACUUUAGUCAAGUCCUGCAUUUCACAUUUUCAUUCUUGCAUUGCCAGUGUCACUGAAUCUCCUUUGUGUUUGGGAGGCUGUGUAUAACAGCCUUACAGAAAGGUUGCCACGUCACCCUACUGCUGUUUUAUACUUGCCUUCUUUCAUUUUCUGAAAGUUGCGGUCAUCUUUUAGAAUUUUUUGAUUUCCUUAAAUAGCUGCAGGAUUAUCGGUUUAUUUCCUGGUUAUACAUCUGAUCACUUUCAUUCUGUUUUACUACGGCUUUAAUUCAAUCCCUUUUUUUACUCCACUUGUUCAUUAUUUCCCUUUGCCUCCUUAAAGUUCUAGUUGUUUCUUAAGCCACUGCAUUUCAGUCAACCUCCUUUCGUUUGGGAUGUGUAUAUUAAGCACCUUUAGUUGCUUGUCCUUUGGCUUCUGGCACUAUUUUAGUUGUAUAUUCUUUGGUCUGCUCCCGUUUUUUUGCGAAAUUCAUUUCAUCCUUGGAAUGGCUUAUUGGCUUAAGAUAGUUGAAGGUUUCUGGUGUUGAUUUUCUCUCCUUUAGGUUACACAUGUUAAUGUCCUCUGGUCUUGGUUUUCCUGUGACUUGCGGCUCAGAACCUGCACAGUUUUAGUUGGCCUGCAUUGUACCCUCUUCAUCUGUGCUGUGGCUGAGAUUGGAGUUGCAGUUUUUUGGAUGGAGUUCUUUUGACUGUCUGACAUGGUACAAGUUCCUUCAAAUAUUUUGGCCACAGUGUUGCCCAAAGUCACCCUAACCAUUUUGACUAUCUACUCAUGUUUGUUUCACCUUUUCCGGUAUCAGUACCCUCAGGCAUUUUUUUUGUAAUUUUAGCCCCCCCACCCCAGUUGCCCCCAUUGAAUACUGUUGACUUGCACCAAAGUGUAUUACUGUGGUAUUGUAAUCAUGACUGUUCUUUGUAUUUCCCUUUAUAUUCUUUUCACCUUGUAUCCCGUAAAAUACCUCUUGCUUGUUCCUGUAUCCUGUGCUGACAGGCAGAGAUUUUCUUUCUCAUUUGCACAUUAUUUAUUGCAUUAAAUACCAUUAGUCCUAUUUUUGACAAGUACAGUAAUUCAUGUUUCUUCAGGGGGUACCACCAUUUAGUGGCUUCCAGUGCAUCCUAACCAGCCAGUUUCCUAGUCUAUCAAGUUGGAUUUUUGUAGUGUUUUCUGUGUCAAAUUGUUUACUGGCUUAAUCCUUUGGCUGUCCAUUUAAAGAAAAAACAGCUGAAAAUGUUGCCAUGUGUGACCUUCCUCCUCCUCUCUCCGGAAUGUAGGUUCUUGACUGCUGUUGUCUGAAAAUAAUUGGGUGCCUGUUGUGCAUUCAAGGACCGUUUGUGUAACCCUCCGAAGUGUGAGAAUGAAUGCCAAGUCUAUCCUAAGUAAAAAGUUAGGAGCGUAGUGCCUCUUGCUGCUUUUAUUCAGUUUAAGAUGAAGAGUUGUGUGCGUUUUUCUCCCAUUAAAUUAGUUCGACUAGUUAGGUUUCAGUUAUGAUCGGUUUUGGUUGUUGUGCAGUUGUGUUCGAUGGAAGUGUGUUCGUAGCAUUGAUGUAGGUCCCUUUGAAAUGCUGCUGUGUAGUUGGGUAACUUGAUUUGUCCUUCAGAAGACUAAACAGUAUUGUUAAUUUGCUGUCUGUCACUUCUUGUUGUUACCCAGUGCCCUCUGUGUUAGUUUUGUCUCUUAAAAUAUUAUAGAAGACUUUAUUCCUCUGACUUCCAGUGCCUUUUUCCCUUCGCUGUGUUUGGGUGGUUGCUUUUUCUGCGCUUCCAACAUCCGUCUGUUUUAAUUGGUACACAUCACUGACCUGCCAUUUCUCAGUGCUUGUUUUCUUCCAUAACCUUCCGUCUUUAUUUUGACAUAAGUAUUUGAUUAACACAGAUGUGUGCUGCCUUGUUGAUGGGAGUAACCAUGUAACUGUUUUCUUUUUCCCUCCUGUAAUCAGCUGUUGUAACCUGUACACUUAUUGGAACAGGCCAUUUGCUUUCUUGUUCCUAUUUCAGAUCUUUUAAAGCUUGGCUUUUACUAUCCCCAGCCUUCUUUUUCAGAUACUUUUCUUGUCUCGCGAAGGAUAGUUAGAUGCUGGAUGCACUGAAGAAGUUCAGCUGAGAGUACAUUUUAAGACUGAUCACUGUAACACAAGUCAGACAAGAGAAAGUUUAUGCUUUUUACAGAUUUCUGCCAUAUUUUCAUUCACCCUCUUCUUUUGCUGCAGCUGUACGUUCAUAAUGCUGAAUAACAGCUUCCUGCUGUUUGCUGUACUCUGUAUGCUACCCUGCUUCUUACACGUAUGUGAGUAGCUGGGCUCUUUAAGGAAGAGAGAAAGAGAGCGCGCAUCCUUGGUCUUUGACUUUUUAAAUCGGUAAGACUAGGUUAGAACACAUUUCUUGCUAUGAUCCUGCUCGUUGGGCAAAGGUCAAAACUCUUUUUUGUUGAGCAAGAUGGAGAAUUUUCUUUUGUUCAUCUGUCUUGAAUGAAGUGAGUACUUUUUUAGGACUAUCUGCUGACUUCUAUGGUGUGAUCUGGUAAACCUGCCAACAGAUUACCAUCUUGCAUUGUGGCUGGCAACAUGGUGGUCUCAGAAUGUGUGAUACUCUUAAAGAGGUGGUUUUAUACGAUUGUGGCAGUUGAUAAUUAUCAGUUAUGUACCCUUCCUGCAGAGUCGUUCAUUUGGUUUGUGGUUCAAAGAGCUUAAGUCUUUUAUUCUUAUAGACAGAUUAAUAUUUUCUAAGUCUGCGGACGCUUUAGGCUGGUUACAGUAUCCUCUAUCUCUGCUGUUCACUUUGAGAAACUGCUUUUGCAGUCUUUAUAAGAAGGCAGAACACACUGUUCAUCUGUGCACAUCAGAAUUCUUGCAACCUGCUCUUCUGGUCUGUUAACCUUUCAAAAGGUAAAUUGUUGCUGUGUCUCCUCUGCUGGAUGAGUUCACUACCCAGGAAGCCAUCUGAAGCAGGUUUCUGCUCAUUAUUUUUUCGGGGUUCAUGGGUAAUGCUACAGAAGAUACCAGAGUUUGCUCUGAGCACUGAAGCCCAUUUCUGAUGGUGAGGCAUGAAUUGUAACCAAGGUGCAGAGGGCUAGGACAGUUAAGUCCAGUGGUUCUUGGCUGGCACAUCCAGGUUUAUUAUGUCAUUUGUUGAUGGGCCACGUCCCCCUGUCUGUCUGAAUCGUUGUAAUCUCUUCCGCUAGAGAAUGUAUUGUUUUGGCAUUUUUAUUUCCUAUAGUAGAAAGCAUGGGUUUUAGAUCUCUUAGCAAAGUCCCGUGUGGGGUAUAGGCCUCUAAAAGAAAUUUGAACAGAGCCAUCAGGUUUCCAUAUAUGUUCUGCAGAGUCCUGUAUGAUUCUGAUGCUGAUAUGACAUAAAAGAUAGGGCUCAUUCCAUGGGAUUUGGCACAUGUUAGAUAAGAUAGACUUGUCCUCCUUACUGCUACCAGGAAUGUCCCCAUACCUGGUGUUUCAGCAGCUGCUGUGUCCGAGUCCAUGAGUACCUUCAUGUCUCAUUGCACUCAUCCAAGUUUUCAUGAGGGUACCAAUUGUAGAGACUUAAGAGACUUCAUUUGUUUUAUGUUUUCAGAAGAUCAGGCAUAUGCUUUUCAUCCUUUCUAAAAGAAAAUUGAAGUAGCGUAACAAACAAGGGACAGGUUAUUUCAGGAGGACACUUGAAGUGGAACCUAAACAGUAGGGUCAUCUCUGUACUACUGUCUCUGGUAUGUGUCUCAGUAUCUUUGUGGACGUUGUACCCCAUUUUCCUAGUACACACCACCCGAGUUAAGGGGUUAUGCACUAAGGAUCACCAGUGCUUUUUUUUUUUUAUUUUGUUUUGUACCGCUCAUGGUGUCUGUUACUGUUGAUUGCAGUUUACACAGAAAAGUAUUUUUUAUCUGGAUAGCUGGGCUUCCCCAAAUGAUGAUUUCAGCCAUGACCCAAAAAUACAAACUCUAGACAUUAGAACCUAAAAACUAAAAGUCAUUGACUUGGCCUGAUCUGCUUUGAACUUCCCCAAAAGGAGCCUUGUGUUGCUUGUGCCUAGUGAUUCGAGAGAGGCAGUCAUCACUGUCUUUUGACAGUUGAGACCUUCCUAGUCACCACUUGCAGCAGAUAAAUCAAAUUAUCUGAAAGAGAAAGGAGCGUCCCCAGUUAAAGGUUGUGUGGCACACAGCAGAUUGUAGCAUAAGGGGUCAAUGGGAAAAGCAGAGGAUUUCAGGCUUUGUUGUUCUUCGGAGUUGUCCAGCACCUUUUUGCUGUUUCUUUCUACAUGUUUUGUCCUGUGUGUGUUUUCCUCGUACAUGCUGGCCAUCACAUCUGAUGCAUUUGGAUUUGGCCCUUUUGUUCCACCGUCCUUCUGGUCCACCAGAAGAAAUAAAUGUCUGAAGGGACUGUCAUCCUGAUUGAAAUUUGGGUGCUUGUGCUCUUGCCAGCAUUCUGGUAAUGAGCACUUUUAAAAUUAACAUGACCCCCAUCCACUGGGUGAUGGAACGAGCCAUCUCACCAUUGGGACCCACAACCCCUCCCGAAAACAGUGUACACCUCCUCAGUGAAUGCUGUCAGUAUAUGGUGGCAUUGUAAGGUCUGUUUAAAUAAACAUCCCAAGUCCUGAGUCUACCAUGUUUUCUGGUGCCAUUCUGAAGAUAGCCCUAAAUUUAUUCUGAUGACAUGAUAACCCAUAUGAUUUGGCUUCCCAAACCUGAGGUUUCUUCUUUGGGUAUUCCAUCAGGGCCUUUACACCCCUUGUAUAUCAGUAUUUCACUCACCUGUAACAGUAUUUAUAGUGGUGACCUGUGGUCUACAAUUGUAUAUGCACCCCAUCAUGAGAUCGAGGUUUUUCUUCCAAGUCAUUGGAGCGCACUUUGUAUGUUACUGCAGUGACGUGACUGGGCUAACCUUAAAGGGAGUGAAUUGUUUGAGAAAUAAGGUUAGGCUUACUACCCUUAAUUUAGGAUUAUAACCAAGUAUUAAGUAGCCUGGCUUUGUGUAAACUGACUGUAGAUUUUUUUGCACUAAUUUUCUGAGGGAAUUGUAUGAAUCAUUUGCUCUUUAAUGUUCUAGCAGUAAACUGAACAAGGAUGGAAAGUUAAAGAAGCAGUGUAUCGUAACCUUGAAUUAAAACCAACCCUGCCUUUUUAAUUAUGGAAAACUGUGAGUUCUCAUGUUGUUUGCAAAUAAUUUGAAAAUUAUUAUUUUAAGGAUUUCACAGAAUCACAAGCCUUUUGUCCAGAGCUGUUGUGAACUUAAUUUCAGGAGAUGUUACCUAGAUGAAGUUGUGUUUUCUUACAUUGGCGUAUGUUACCAUUUGGCUCUGUUUUUUUUUUUGUCUUUUUCAGACAAACCUGUGUUUAAAUGAUUUUGUCAUAGUCCCAACAGUAAGAAAUUAGAAUUGUAUUUUAAUUUUCUUUUCUUUUAGCAAAUAUCUUGCUAUCCCAUGCAGAUGAACUGCGGUUUAGCUGUAGCAAGCAGGUUUAUAUUUCAGAUGGUAAAUUGAUUCUUAACAGUAGCAGGCUUCAGACAGCUUCAGAGCUCUAGCACAAGGCACUGGGUCUUGGUGAAAUGUAAUCUCUUUUAAUUGAUGCGUCCUCCAGAUGUGUAUCUCACGUUGUAUUGUUGAAAAUUUUAUGUGCUAAGUUUCCCACCAAAAACUUCCUUCAGAUGUUGCUGUUGGUAUGUUGUUUGAGAUAUUGGGAAGAAGUUGCUGUUUUUAUUGUCUUGUGUCAUGUAGAUACUUUGUGUUGAUAAAUUAAAGUCUUGGGUUUUUUUCUGUUUAUAUGUUUUGGUUACUUAAAUAUUUUGGCAAGUUAGGAUUGUUUUAAAAAUUAAAGUUAUUUUUCACCUUGCA